AACAUGUAGGAAAACACUGUCCCGUUUUGGUACAUGCUCAGUACCAUUGGCCUGGAUUUACAAAGACACACAUGUACACACUGAAGCUCUGACAUUUGAAAAGGACUUUUUAGCCCUCCUACCUGACGUUUUCCCUUCUUUCUAGCUCUGUCAGAUGAAGCGGGAUAUUUCUUCUUCAAUGGGAACACUGUGUUUGACAAUCCUCAGAAUUUCCACGUGGCAGGAACAGUGUUCAAGUACCGACGUCCAAGCGUCGUGUUGUCUGAUGGGUUGGAAUACAUCAUUGCCCAGGGACCCACUCUGCAGGGUCUUAAUGUUAUGUACUACAACUUGAAUGGGAAACUCCCCCACAUCACCUACGAGUAUACCAUCCCACUCAAGUCUCAAGCAGCUGCCGCAGCCUCACACCACUCCAAUCUUAACCUCACCUAUAAUGACGUAAACGUGGAUGUCAGAGGGGAUCAGAGUAUCUCGAUGAACCACAGCAGAGGGUCAGCAUCUGUCCAUCACGACCUGCACGACCACCCAGAUGUCCAGCUGCAGGAAGAAGAGGAGGAGGAAGUGGUGUGGGAGAUCCAGACCGCCAGACCAGCACCAGUGGACAUUAUGGUCUACAGACCAGCUGACGUCAUCACUCGUGUGUUUAGUCACAAUGAUGUGGAGGAACAGGGACCUCCAGCACCAUCUGGCUACAAAAGCUCUUCCAACUCUUCCAACGAGCACUCGGCUGAAGAUGACAACACGCUAAUGCUCACCUUCCCAGGUGAUCAGAGGGUUCAUCCUGCAGCAGAAGAUGCUCCCCACCUGCUGCUGGAGGAGACAAACACUCACUCAGCCACACACACACCCACUGAGCAGCAGUCAGUUGCUGCUGCAGACACAGACACAAGCUCACAAAUGCACAAGGACGUUGUCACAGUCAUGGACUCUGUGGCCUCAGAAACAGUCAGUGGUCCUCACACCGCCAUCCUGGUAGAGCUGCAGCAGGUGUCAGAGGUCCAGGCAGCCGACACGGAGAGCAACAACUUUGAUGUGGAGCCACAUAUUAGUCUGGGAGACCUGUAUAGCUGGAAGGUGUCUGCUUAUGCUCCAUGCAGUUCCACCUGUGCAACAGGUAAACACAAAGCUGUCACCUGAUACUGUUAGAGCCAAACCAGAUAUUUGUGUGAUUGGCUGCUGCUGCAAAUCAGCACAGAUUCAAGCACAGUGUAAAAGUGAUUGUUCUACAUUUAACUGAAGGUGAUCAUAGUGACACUGUACUCGCUAUCCCUGAGGGACUGAUGAACUCCUGAUGCAGGUCUAGACUUGGUGAUGCGAUGUUACAGUACUGCUCUGACACUGGACAAACCGUAUUAUGUUGUAACUUUGUAACUAAAAAUAUGAUUUUGACUAACACUCCUUGUUUAAUAAUCCAUACUGAAGAAGUGAAUUUGUCAACAACAGUUGCAGUGGAAAUGUUUCAUUGUGUUUGACGCUUUGUGCUCUUCCUGACUGAAUCAGGCUGAAAUGGUGUGAACAGGCCAGGGGGCCAAAAACCUGCAUUUUCAGUGUUGCCACAUAAUCGUGUCAGUCACAGCUGCACUCAGGAUGGAGAGUACAAUGUGAUGGUAAAAAUGGCUCACAGUGAUGCUCUGGCUUUGUGCUGGGAGACUGCUGCAAACUGAGACCCAGCCUAAAUGUGAUCGACCUGUUUAGGUGAGCUUGAAAGAAGAGCUGAUGUCUGCUUUGUGUAGUGUUGCAGUCUGUGGUGAAAUCAUACGAUGCACAGAGCAGGAGAGCAGCACAGAACUACCAGAGCAAUCUAAAAAUGGCUCUGAACACCAUCUGUCCAUGAAGCCAGAUAACACAC